AUGUACAUUAGCAAUUGGGACGAAUUCCAAAAGGCAGCCGAGGAGCUCUACGCCGGUUGUCCAGAAAACACGCGCUAUGUAACUCAUUUCCGCCGUACAGAUGGUGAACUUAUACUCAAGGUUACCGAUGACCGAUCCGUGAUUAAGUUCAAAACCAACCAAGCAUCGGAUUUGAAAAGGUUUAUUCAGCUUAACCAUAACCUUAUGGUCCAGAUGCAGAAUAAGCCCAGUGUAGGCACUGAAAAAAAAACGUCAACAGAAGAGGUACCAGUCCCAGUGGUUGUACCUGCAAUUACUUCCUCAGGUCCACAAAUACCCACAGUUGCAACAGCAAGUGCAGGAUCAAAAGGAAAGAAGGGCAAAAAGAGAAAGUAG